AUGGUGUGGAAACUGCAAGAUGGAGAAUGUAGCUUUUGGUGGGAUAAUUGGUCGGAAAAAGGAGCCUUAGCUAAUCUAUGCCCAACACUACAAACUUCUCCUAAAAGCAAGGUGAAUGAAUUUUUUAAUGACAUGGGAUGGGAUAUGCAGAAGUUACAAGCUACUCUACCAAACUGGAUGGUGCAACACAUAGUCAAAAUAGAUAUUGGAGAUAGAAACAGGCCUGAUUUCAUCACUUGGAGGACAUCUACGGAUGAACAUUUUUCUAAUUAUGCUGCCUGGCAGAGUAUUAGGAAACACAACCAGAUUAACUACCUUUGCAGUAAGGUUUGGCACUCAUGUCUACCUUUUAAAAUUUCCUUUUUGUCCUGGAGAUUGAUUAAAGGAAAACUUCCUUUUGAUGACACCAUUAGUAGAUUUGGAAUCCAGUUUGGCCAACCUUUGGGAAUCAAAUACCAUAGAACUGUUGUGAGGGAGUUCCUCAAUAGCUGGUGGCAAAGUAAAUACAUGAACCCCGUCCAUAAAAUGCUCAUACAAAUAACACCUAUUGUCAUUCUCUGGAAGAGCAGCUGCAAACUGAGUAUGCCUUGGAGUAGAAUCUGUGAGGAUGUUGAGAAGCUUAAGCCAAUCUCCAGAAGUAUAUUUGUCACAUGGGAGAAAUCGGGUUCUGGAGAAGUUAAAAUUAAUACAGAUGGGAGUUUUUCGAAGGAGAGUGGAAAAGCAGGAAUAGGUGGAAUUGUCAGAAAUGAACAUGGGGAUUUCAUCUUUGCAUUUGCUAUCCUUGUACAAUGCAAGGACCACAAUUGUGCAGAAGCUUUAGCUGUACAUUAUGGAGGGAUCUGGUGCAUUUCUAACGGGUAUAACAGAUGUGCUAUGAUUUUGGAUCAAGCAACUAUCAGGAUAUCUCAUUGCUAUAGGGAAGCCAAUCAGGUGGCUGACUAUCUCGCUAAGUUAGCUGGUACAUUGACUGAGGGAGCCGUAUAUCAUUCCUUUCAGCAAUUACCAGGGAAAGCUAAAGGACCUCUUUUGAUGGAUAACGACAAAGCCAAUUUUUUUGUUAGUUAA